AUGGCAGGUGUAUUUUUACCAAAUGUAAGGAAACAGCGUCAGUAUAGACAUACUCCUCAUGUUCAGCAUCUUGAUGAUGGGGAAAUGCACGAGAGGUAUCGUUUCACAAAUGAUGGCGUAGAAUUUUUGGAGGAUAUCUUGAAGGAUGACAUAAGAAGAGACACUCGCCGGAGCAGAGCCCUCAGUGUGCGACAGAUGGUUCUUAUAACCCUUCGGUUCCUCGCCACAGGGGCGUUUUUCAAUGUUGUAGGAGACAGCAUGGGUUACCACAAAUCAACAGUUUCUCGUGUGGUAACCCACGUGACAGAUAUUAUUUGCAAAAGAAUGAAACGAUUCAUUGUAUGGCCUUCCGGCGAAGAGAAGAAUAGAGUGAAGAGCGGAUUUUUCACAUCGGCAGGCUUCCCUCACGUAGUAGGGUGCGUUGACGGGACACACAUCCGUAUCCAGGCCCCUUCUGUUGAUGAGCCAGCUUUUGUCAACCGAAAAUGCUAUCAUAGUAUCAACAUGCAGGCAGUUUGCGAUCAUGAAGGAUUGUUCACAAGUGUCAACGCCAGCUGGCAGGGCUCGUGCCAUGAUGCACACGUGUUCAGGACAUCAGGGCUGUGCAACAGGCUACAACGAGACAAUCAAUGUCUGGAAGAUGGGGUGCUUCUUGGAGAUAGUGGGUAUCCUUUACGGCCAUUCCUCAUGACGCCGUUUAUGAACGCUGACACUCCUGCCAAGGAGAGAUACCAGCUAGCCCAUACUAGAACCCGGGUUUGCAUAGAAAGGGCCUUUGGUAGGCUCAAGCGGCGCUUCCACGUGCUGCACAGUGAGAUCAGACUAAGUCCAGACAAGGCCUGUCGCAUAGCUACAGCCUGUGCAAUUCUACAUAAUGUAGCAUUAAUGUUUAAUAUGCCAGAGGUAGAUGAUGUAGAUGUCAUACAAAACAUUGAUAAUAAUGUGCAGGAUGAUGUUGGUACUGGAACAGCGACACGGGAUUUUAUUGUUAACAGUUACUUUUAAUCAUCAUCAUCAUCAUCAUCAUCAUCAUCAUCAUCAUCAUGCUGUAAUAAAGAAUAGCUUUAACUGUUCGUUUUGUUCGUUUUCAUUUUUACAUAUAUCAUUUAUUUAUUUACAAUACAUUACAAUUAAAUUUAAUUUAAUUGAAAAAUUGGCUUUUUAUGAAAGAGUCAACGUCCUCGUUGUCCAUACGCCUCUCAUAUUUCUCUAGUACCCGUUGCUG